ACACAAUCACCCAAUUGGCCAAUAUCACCCAACCAUCUGAUUAACCAACUUCACCCCCUCAUUUCCCCAAAUCCUCCUAUUUCCAAAACCCAACCAAAUCUAACGCUUCCCAACCGCCGGCAAUGUCGUCGUCGGCGACACUUCCGAUGACCACCCAACAAACCACCACCAAUGACAACACCACAAUCACAACUCCAGCUUUCCGCAGCUUCAUCUCCCGGCUAACCACCUCCCUCCGCCAAACCUUUGCCCAACGCCGCCCUUGGUACGAACUACUCGAUCGCUCCGCCUUCACCCGCCCUGAAAAUCUCUCCGAUGCCUUCUCACGCAUCCGUAAAAAUGCCGCUUACUUCCGCGUUAACUACCUCUCACUCCUCGCUGCAGUCCUCGCUUUCUCACUCAUCUCCCACCCUUUCUCUCUCAUAGUCCUCCUCUCUCUCCUCGCUGCCUGGUGCUUCCUCUAUCUCUUCCGCCCUUCCGAUCAGCCUGCCAUCCUCUUUGGUCGCACCUUCUCCGAUCGUGAGAUGCUUGGAAUCCUCGUCAUUUGCACCGUCGUUGUAAUCUUCUUGACGAGUGUCGGGUCGUUGUUGAUUUCCGCUGCUUUGAUUGGGGUUGGGAUUGUCUCUGUUCAUGGAGCUUUUAGGGUUCCUGAAGAUCUGUUCUUAGAUGAUCAGGAAGGUCCCAAUUCUGGGUUAUUGUCGUUCCUCGGUGGUACUGCUUCCUCUGCCGCCGUCGCCGCUGCGGGAUCCGCUGUUGCUGGAAGAGUCUGAUUUGAUUUUUGAGGUAUUGGCUUGAUUUGAUUUGAUCUGAUAUUUAAGGGGGGAAUUGGGGGAUUCUUUGGUUAGGGUUUUGUUCUUGUUGGGUAGCUAGCUACUUUUGAUGGAUGAUGAUCUGAAUUUAAUGCAAGAAAAAUGUAGAUCUUUAUAUUUUGCAAUUGAUUUUCUUUUGAUCCCUUGGCUAGCAAUCAAAUGUAAUUUCUUUUACUGAAAGUAGUUAUGAUAUGAUGAAUUCAAUAUUAUCACUUUUGAGAA